AUGGGUGCACUUGACCUAAAAGAUUCUAAUUCUAAUUCAGAACAAGUCGAUAUAGCCCAAGUGUUUCAUUGUGACGGCUUGUUGUUAUGCACAACAAAGGACAAUAAACUCGUUGUUUGGAAUCCUUGUUUGGGAGAGACCAGGUGGAUCCAACCCAAACCUGGUUGCCAGUACCCACGUCACCCUACGUUUUUUCUCGGAUACCAAAACAACAAAUCUUGCCGUAGCUACAAAAUCUUGAGGUGUUGGGAAUCUUGGAAUGAUGAAGAUGAAUGCAACCAAAGAGAUAGGUUUGAAAUCUAUGAGUUUAGCUCUGAUUCGUGGAGACGUCUUCAUGAAACCGCUUCCGAGUACAUCUUCAUAUUAGUAAAAGGCGUGUCUUUGAAGGGAAAUACAUUCUGGAUUAUUGAUCUGGAGGGAGAAGAAGAAAAUAAUUAUCUACUCAGUUUUGAUUUUACAACAGAGAGAUUUAAACGUUUGUCUCUUCCAGCAUUUCAGACGAAUGAUGGUUGUGUCAUGGAUCUAUCAGUUGUCAGAGAAGAAAACCUCUUAGUGUCACAUCGGUGCCUUAAUUUAAACCAAAUGGAGAUUUUGGUGACCAAGAAAUUUGAUGAUACUCAAGCAGCAUUGUCGUGGACAAAAUACGUUACUGUGGAUUUACUUAAGAUUAAUCGUAAUUUGUUUUCGCUUAUGGCGACUGCUGUAAUCUACGAAGAGAAGAAGGUUGUGUUGUGUCGUAGUCACGGUCAUUGGAGGAGAAUAAACAUGUUUGGAUUGGACAUCAAGCUUGAGGGCAAGCUUGUUCUUGUUCUCAAUAGAGGAAGUGAUGAUAAGCUUCAAGCUUGCGAGUUUAGUAAAGAGGAUUACAUGGCGCUAAUUAAGAUAUCAGGAUAUGCUGCCAGAGCUCUGGGGAGUCUACUAUGGCCUCUAUAUGGCAUGGGAGAGGCGUGUUCCAAGGCUAGUAUUGGAGGUGGACUCAGAGAUAGUUGUGGGGUUCUUUCAUACAGGGAUUAA